CCCGGAAGUGUCAGUCUGAAAACAGACCCGUCGCCGUUAGCUAGCUGAGUGUUUCAAAAUCUAUUUGCUAAAUCGUCGCAUUUUAAACAGUUUAUAUAAACGAAAUACUCCUAUUUAUAUUUUAGAAAAUGGGAACCAGAGAUGAUGAAUACGAUUAUCUGUUUAAAGUGGUUCUGAUAGGAGACUCGGGUGUUGGCAAGAGCAACCUGCUCUCUCGUUUCACCCGGAAUGAGUUUAACCUGGAAAGUAAGAGCACCAUUGGAGUGGAGUUUGCCACCCGCAGUAUCCAGGUGGAUGGGAAAACGGUGAAGGCUCAGAUCUGGGACACGGCAGGACAGGAGCGCUACCGGGCUAUCACCUCGGCGUACUACAGAGGCGCGGUGGGGGCCCUGCUGGUCUAUGACAUCGCCAAGCACCUGACCUAUGAAAACGUGGAGCGGUGGCUGAAAGAGCUGAGAGACCACGCAGACACCAACAUCGUCAUCAUGCUGGUUGGCAACAAGAGUGACCUGCGUCACCUCCGGGCCGUGCCCACCGACGAGGCUCGGGCGUUCGCAGAGAAAAACGGUUUGUCUUUCCUUGAGACGUCAGCCCUGGAUUCCACCAACGUUGAAACGGCUUUCCAGACCAUUCUGACAGAAAUCUAUCGAAUCGUCUCUCAGAAGCAGAUGUCAGAGCGUCAGGAGAGCGACAUGUCUCCUAGCAACAAUGUGGUCAACAUCCAGGUGCAGCCCACUGAGAACAAACCAAAGAUGCAGUGCUGUCAGAACAUCUAGCCCCGCCCAUGUUACCACUACACCUCUACCCCCUCAUAUACCCUGUAUUCUGACCUCUACCCCCUCAUAUACCCUGUACCCCCACCUCUACCCCUCAUAUACCCUGUACCCCCACCUCUACCCCUCAUAUACCCUGUACCCCACCUCUACCCCUCAUAUACCCUGUACCCCACCUCUACCCCUCAUAUACCCUGUACCCCACCUCUACCCCUCAUAUACCCUGUACCCCACCUCUACCCCUCAUAUACCCUGUACCCCACCUCUACCCCUCGUAUACCCUGUACCCACACCUCUACCCCCUAACCCCUCAUAUACCCUGUACCCCCACCUCUACCCCCUCAUAUACCCUGUACCCCCACCUCUACCCCUCAUAUACCCUGUACCCCCACCUCUACCCCUAACCCCUCAUAUACCCUGUACCCCCACCUCUACCCCUCAUAUACCCUGUACCCCCACCUCUACCCCCUAACCCCUCAUAUACCCUGUACCCCACCUCUACCCCUCAUAUACCCUGUACCCCCACCUCUACCCCCUAACCCCUCAUAUACUCUGUACCCCCACCUCUACCCCUCAUAUACCCUGUACCCCCACCUCUACCCCUCAUAUACACCCAUCUUGUUUUAGCUCGCCCGGUGCCCCGGUUGGGUGGAGAUCCCACUUUAGAACCAAUUAAAUGGUCUCUCAAAUGUGUGAAUUUGGCCCAUCCGGCUCUCAGGGUGAGGUUAACCAGAUGCACUCACUUACUCAGUCUCAUAGGAGUAGUGCCCUCCUCCAUUCUCUCCUCCUCUCCGUCCACUCCCUCUCUCCUCCCUCCCUCCCUCCUCCACUCCCCAAUACCUCUCCACUCCCUCUUCCUCCCUCUCUCCUCCUCUCCCUCCCUCUGUCCCUCCUCCACUCCCUCUCUCCUCCUCUCCCUCCCACCCUCUCUCCUCCUCUCCCUCCCACCCUCUCUCCUCCCUCCCUCCUCAACUCCCUCUUCCUCUCUCCCUCCUCCUCUCCCUCCCUACCGAUCAUGAUCUGAGAAGCCUAGUCAGUGUCUGGAGUCGUGUUCCCCAGCGGAGCCUUUUCAGCCAGGAAGUCAUUUAUAUUUCUCACUUAGAUGUAAUACUGUUGAUGCUCUGACAUGUCUUACACAGAAAUGUCUUAAUAUAUUCAUCUGAUUUUUUUAUCUUCAUUUUUUUUCAAUUUAUGACUUUUCCAUUUUGUGUGUUCCUCCAUUUUGUGUGUUCCUCCAUUUUGUGUGUUCCUCCAUUUUGUGUGUUCCUCCAUUUUGUGUGUUCCUCCAUUUUGUGUGUUCCUCCAUUUUGUGUGUUCCUCCAUUAUUAUUUUGUACCUAUGCUUUUUUUAAAUGUUUUUUUUUUGUCUUCAAAUAUUGUAUCAUAUUUCCUACUAACGUGUAUGUAUUUAAAGCACACUGAGAAUGCUCUGAUAUGUAUCUGUCUACGACCCCCCUCCUCCCAUCAGUUAGCCUCGCUCCCUCCCUCUCUCUUUAGUAUAAUGUCAUGUUUGACAACGGUAGGUUUUUCCAAACAUGUGGAUGUAUUAAGCACAGUGUACUAGAUAGAAUGUAUGCUCCCUGGUCCCUGUCGAUAGGUGGAGUUUAACAACUGAUCUGAUUGCUGUAAAUAGCUUAAGUAAAGACUUGUGGCAUUA